AUGACGGUGGCGAAAUUCUUGGUUUUCAAGGUGUUUCUGCAGCAUUCGUUUCCCUUGCGGAUCCUGAAAGAUCAGGGGACACCGUUUGUCAACCAGCUGACCAGUGACCUUUACAAGAUACUGGAGGUGAAGCGCGUUACGACGAGCGGAUAUAUUCCGCAAACCAAUGGCUCGUGCGAAAAGUACAAUCAGACGCUUGCGCAUAUGAUGUCGAAGUUCAUAGACGCUGAACAGCGCACCUGGGACGAGGUGCUGCCGUUUGUGGUGUUCGCAACAAACACCAGUAAGCACGACACGACGAAAGAAUCGCCAUUCAAGUUGCUGUACGGAAGGGAGCCGACGCACCCGGUCGACAUCGCCUUUCCGACGGUAGCUGAUGCGCUCUUGUAUGAUGUCGGAGAGCGGAUGGAGGCGCUUCAUGCCAAGGCGAAUGCGCGCAUAGAGGGGAAGCAGAACUACCUCUACGCCCACGACGAUCACCCGGAAGUGACUUACAAGGACGGGGAUUACGUGUUGGUUUUCAACCCUGCCGGAAAGCGCGGUAAGGCGGCCAAGUUACUCAGCCGUUUUUACGGUCCCUACCGAGGGCUUAGGCAAACGUCGCCCGUGAACUAUGGAGUCAAAACUUGUGGGAUUCGGAAACGGAGGAACGUUUUCGUCACCCACGUGUCCAAGAUGAAGCUGUUCUAG